AAUACUGUAUAUAAGACAUGAGGUUGUGGUUGUGCUUUAAGUGUCCAUCCAUCCGCUGAUCUGUCCAUCGGGUCGUCUCUCUGUUCUCCACCAGCGCUGCUCAGUUUUUCGUGCUCAUCCUCCUCCAUCAUGCUGGUUCGAGCUCUGCUCCAAACGUCUCUGGUUCUCUGGUUGGCUCAGCAAACUCUGCAAGGCGGGGUUAAACCUCAAAGUGUGUCCUGGGGGAGAGUCCUGCCAGCCAGAGGUGUUGGCAUCGGAGUAAAACCUGGAGUUUCGGGAGCACUCGGAGCACUGGGGAGCCGAUAUGGCAGCAAAGCAAUGAAGACUGGAAUUGGGCGUUAUCCAGGGGCUCAGCUUGGUGUUGGAGGUUACAGAGCUCUUGGAUUAGGAAACAGAGCAGGCCUGAAGCCUGGUGGAUAUGGGACCCAGGGAGCCUAUGGCGCCAGUUUGGGCACAGGAAUGGGUUUGGGGGCUGGACUUACAAAUGGACUGGGAGUGAGUUUGGGCCAGGGAGGAAAACGUGGUUAUGGUGCAGGGCUCGGCACUCUGCCAGGCUACGGGUCCCUAGCUGGCAUUGGCUAUCCUGGAGCCCGACCAGGUGUGUCUACAGCAGAUUUGGGUGGACUCGAGAUGGCCAAUCAGGGCCAAACUCUUCAAGAUCUGAAGAGAGAAAAGAGCCGAAAACUUGGUCUGUUGGAUGGAAAAGGGGACAGAGCUGCUGGACUUGAAACGCCCAGCAUGAGGAGAACCAGUAUACUUGGUGCCACUGCUCCUGAAUCACAGACAGAAAUUGGGUUUAGACCUGCGGUACUGCCAUCUGGAAGAGAGAUCAAAAGCCUGGAUCCAUUUGUGAAGUCAUCAAGUCUUGGACCCAUGAUGGCCCUUGAUAAACAGAGUAAAGGUUUGGCUGUUUCACAAGCACAAGUAGGAGAAAAUAAUGAGCCUGUUGUCUCCGAAAGAAGGGGUAUGGCAAGCAUGCUGACUGCUGGAGGUGUAGGACAGCAACUGCCUCUUGUUAAAGACAACCUCAGAGGUCUGGGUUCUGUUUUUUCUGAGGUGCAGAGGGCAAGAGACUAUGAUUCAUCUAGCCAGCAAAAUCAACGGGCCAAAAACUGUGGAUCCAGGAGUGAUUUGUUAGAUGUACUGAAAAUUAAUCGCCAUGGGCUUUUGGGUUCAGAAACACAGAGGAGUCUUAGUUUAAAGCCCCAGCCUCAUGUCAGUAAGGACAACAAACAUCUUGCCAAAGACUUUGGGCUUGUGGCUAAAGACAUGAAUGGGCCUAGAAUCCGUGGGACUGUUUCUGUACAAAACCCUCAUCAUGGUUCUCAAGAUCUACAACAAGGGGGGAGCUAUGGACCAGUGAUCCCAGGUGUAAGUGGAGCCCAAAGGUUAGGCAUUGCCUCAGUCGAAGGGCAAGAAGGUAAAGGCCUUACUGCUGAUGGUCAGGAGGCAAAACACCUUUCCCAAGCUGAACGUCAAACCACAAGGCCUAAAGCUCUCAGUAUCCCAGGACAGACUGGGAGGAAAACCCAGGUACCAAGUUAUAUUGGUGGAACAGGAAACUAUCUGGGAGCCAGUCUGGGCGCCGGAGGCUAUGGAGCAGGUUUGGGACAGGGAGCCUACCUGGGUGGGGCAGCUGGCAAACUCGGAACCGCUGCCGCUCUUGGACAGGGAGGAUAUCCCCAAGGUGCCGCAGGGAUGUCAACAGGCUACGGUGAUGGAGCAACAGGAUACCUGGGUGCUAUGGCAGGCAAUGGCUUCGGAGGCGAUGCUGGUGCAAAAGCUUUGUCUGCAGGUUAUGGGAACGGCUACAGCGAUGGUUACGGGGCUGGGCUUGGUUACCCUGCAGAGUUAGCUGAUGGUGCUGAGAGCAAAGCAGGAAAGCGUGAAGCCCUCAGUACAGGAGCCUAUGCUGGACAAGUGCAGGGGGCGUAUGGAACACUUGGUGCAGGACUGGAACCAACUGGUGGUAAAUAUGGAGGAGGAGCUGCCCAGGUACCUUAUGGUAAUGCUCCAGUGAUUCCUACUGGCCUGGAAGGUGAUGGUGGCUACCCGUAUCCUGCUCAGCAGCUUGCUCUCGGUGCUGAAGGUGCCAAAACCCCCAACAAAUAUGGAGCUGGUGCAGGAUAUGGAGCUCAGCAAACAGGUUACGGUGCACAGCUGGGGGCAACUCAAGAUGCCUUGGGAGAGCAAGCUGGCAAAUAUGGUGGAGUGAACGAUGCCCUUGGAAAUGGAUACAAAGGCUAAUCCAAAUGAACUGAACUUCUUCAAGUCGAUCACUUCCAUGAUGAGGUCACUGUAAUGUGUUAAUGUGUUUCCCUCUAUUUUGUCCUGCUGUGCUAUCUGUUUUGUUUUUCUUUAGCCGUUUGUCUUUCGCUUUAAGAGGACAUUUGUUAUCCAUGUCUGUUUGUCUUGUUGGUCCAAAACCUGCAUUGUUCCACCAGAUGUAUUCUGUCCACACUGAAAAAACUGGUGGUGACUGAUGAACAUAAAUGGUGUCGAGUGCAAGAAAAAUGUCUCAAUGUUUUAAAAUAAAUAUUAGAAUAACAGUUUUACAGUUUGAAUCCAAUAAAUUAUAUGUCCAGUGAUGCUGAGCAGAAGCUUCUGAGUAAAAAG